CCCAACCCAGGCUGAGCUCUCUGUCACACAGCUGGCCCUUCUCCCUCUCCCAAGAUGCUGUUUUGGCACAACCAGCCAGAUCACCUGUGGCCCAGUCCCGGGGAACUGUACCCAGGGCCACCAAGUGGCUUGCUCAGGGAGUCCCUGCCCUUGCCAUACCUGAAGCAGGAAGAGCUGCACAACAUCCCCAGCUCUGAGCCUCCCUGCCCCACAUUCCAGUAUGUGCUCUGUGCAGCUACGUCCCCAGCUGUGAAGCAGCAGGAAGAGACCCUCACCUACCUGAAUCAGGGCCAGUCCUAUGAGGUGCGGAUGCUCUGCAGUCCCAAGCUGAGCGAUGCCACCCAGUGGGCCCAGCUCUUGAAGAGUGUGGUACGUGUGGUUUUCCAUGACCGACGCCUGCAGUACACAGAGCAGCAACAGCUGGAUGGGUGGAGGUGGAGCCGGCCAGGGGACUGCAUCCUGGACAUUGAUGUGCCGCUGUCUGUGGGAGUGAUAGAACCCCGAGUGCUGCCCUCACAACUCAACAUGGUGGAGUUUAAUUGGAACCCAACCAAGAGGACCUCCCUCUUUUUGCAAGUUCACUGUAUCAGCACUGAGUUCACUCCUCGGAAAAAAGGUGGGGAGAAAGGCGUCCCCUUCCGCCUCCAGAUUGACACUUUCAAGCCCAGGGACAAGGAACUUCCCCCUGAGCACCUGCACUCAGCUGGCUGCCUCAUCAAGGUGUUCAAGCCCAAAGGAGCUGACCGCAAACUGAAAACGGACCGGGAGAAGAUAGAGAAGCAGCCCCUGCAGGAGAGAGACAAGUAUCAGGCCGCCUGUGAGAGGACGGUGUUUGUGCAGUGCUCGCCGUGGCCAGAUCCCGGCACUGGGCCCUACUCGCCUCUCACCCCUCUUGCUCUGACCUCUCCCCACUCCUGCAAGCUCCUGUCCCCGGAGAGGCUCUGCUCCUCCCCACCGUUCGCCUUGGACGCCUUGGGGGGCAGCCCGGCUGAGGAUCUGAACUCUGGAGCCUCCAUCCUGGAGACGCAGCAGUGGUUGCACCAGCACCGGUUCUCCAGCUACUGCCGGGUGCUGGCCAAUUUCACUGGCACUGAUCUGCUGAAGCUUACCCGCCAGGACCUUAUCCAGAUCUGCGGGGCUGCCGAUGGGAUCCGCCUUUUCAAUGCUCUUAGAGCCAGACCCAUUCGUCACCGGCUGACUUUGUAUGUGACGCAGGAGGCCUCGAGGCGAGAGAAUGAGGUUCCUAAGAACCAUGACUCAGGCUUUUAUCAAGAGAUCUCUCUAGAUGAACUCAGUGCUGUGGAGCUGAUGGGGAAACUGGCUGAGCUCUUGGCCCUCCCAGCCAAUCAGAUCCACCACCUCUUCCACCAGGGCCCUGGGGGCAUCCUCAUUCUCCUCAGCGACCAGGUGGUUCAGAAUCUCAAGGAUGAAUCAUACUUUGUGGCUGUGGUGAAAAAAGGUAGGGGUUUUAGAGAGAGAGAAUUGUGUCUGGCAGAACCUAGAAAGAUUAAGAUUCCUCGAAGGUAUGUAUAUGCUGGCAGUGGGGUGCAGUGUGUGCUGUGUCCCAAUCAACUGGUAAACAUCUGAGUGCCAGCUUUGUUGAUGUCAAAGGGACAGAUUCAUAUAGCUGCAAGGCAACUAUUUACCGCUCAGGAAUAAAACCCAUCUGAAUAAAUGCAUCUUCACGAGGGAAGAAAUGUUCCAGUUUCUAUGUCCGGGGAUUUAUUAUUUUUUUAAAAAGAUUUUUGUUUAUUCAUGAGAGACAGAGAGGCAGAGACACAGGCAGAGGGAGAAGCAGGCUCCAUGCAGGGAGCUUGAUGCGGAACUCGAUCCGGGGACCCGGGGAAUCACACCCUGAGCCAAAGGCAGACGCUCAACUGCUGAGCCACCCAGGGAUCCCUGUCAGGGCAUUUAUUAAGAGGGUCUUUUCUGCCCCCGCCCCAAUCCUAUAAGGCAGAAGAUGCUUCUGGGCAUCACCUGGCACAGAGCACCAGACCAGUUGGCUUGUGGUUCUGGUUAUUCAGAUGCUUGCCCUCUAUCCCUCCUACAGGAUAGAGGUUUCCUCAAGACGGAGAUUCAGUUGGGGGAGGAACACUUGGGUGUGGCCGAUGCCCUGCAGGCUGCUUGGUUUGGGAGUGGCAGAGGUGGUAGCUGGCCAGUCUUAUCCCAGUGGUGCUCUUUUCACUGCUUGCAGUGCAGAAUCCAGAUGGCUACUACCUGGUUCUCACCUAGGCCCAGGGACAUCCCACUGCAAGAGUUGGAGACUGAUGCCAGCCUGGUUCUCUGGGGCCCCAUGUUCACCAGAAGCCUGGUUUAAAUCCUCAGCUGCUUCAUCAGGCUCCAGGUGGUGUCAUAUCCUACCCCUAGAGAGGCAGGGAGCCGCCCUCAGGCUCACAUCUCUUUCUGCUCAGCUGGUCAAGCCUGUGAGGCAUGAAACCUGCCAAUAUGGAAAAGGCACCUUUGCCCCAAGCAGUGCUGCCUAAACACUGGGUGCAUCGACUCCUGUUUAUUUAAAAUUGUAUUCACCUCUUUUUCUUGAAAUUAAAAGUUA